CACACAUAUAUCACUUUUCCGUCUUGAUAAAAACCACUAAACCGGUCGUGUGCGUCCUUGACUUUGCGUUAUUUGUUUAAUUAUUUCGUAAUACCGGUGAGAGUCAGUUGUUUUGAAACCGUUGAACGGUGUAAACGCGCACGUGACAUUGAUUUUUUCCUUCCUUCAAGUCCCUCCUGGAUCAAUACCGAAGAGGAUGCUUGAAACCAAUUGAAUUUUCUUCCGUCGUGCGCAUUGUUUUCGUUAACCUCGAUUGUGGUGUCGGUGCUGCUGGUGUGUUUGUGAAAGAAUGGACUGAUUUCGUAGGUAGCGAAAAUGAAGCUAAUUCCGGUGACUUAUUACGGUUUUACGGCGAUGGACCGGAGGUUUUCCAGUCCGAUGUUGCCGUGGAUCGUCUCCGAGAUAAGGAAGAGGGAUUAUUGCGAAAAGUUGAGUCUCGGAAUCGAAGAUGGAGUUCUACAGGCGUACAAUCCAGAUUUUGAGUUGCAGUUUUCACACAAAAUCUGGCAAGUGACGCGUUUUUCACAAGCCGACCAAGAUCCAACCACUUUUCUCUAUCUGAUGAGGGAUGAUCAGGAUUCGCUGCUUUAUUGCUAUUUAUUUCAAGCAAAGAAAAGUUCAGAUGUUUCAGAAUUGUAUAAACAAAUGAAGGACCAGAACCAGGCACCGACACGUUCUGUGAGCAGUGCUGCUAAUUUGACAUCAUUAUGUGUGGACAUAUCGCCUAGUUCUAGUAAUUUCUUCGAGGUUUUAUACAUUGGAAAGAUAAAAGUUUGGCAAAAGAAAGUCCCCGAUACGUUUAUUGACGAUGCUUUGGAGAAAUUCAAAACACAUGAAAUGGAAAAAAUCAAAGCGAAAAUGUUGGGAAAUAUCGGAAGAUUGAGGAGUGAAGAUAACAUCAGAAGAGGAUCCACUAGCUCAAAUAGUUCGGUCGAAAGUUUCGGUCAUCCAAUUUUACAAAGAUCACAAUCUUCCAUGAGUGGACUUACAGUGAAGACUGUUGAAGAUAAAGAUGAAGACAAAGAAGAUGAUUCCAAGAGUGUCGAUAUGGACGACCAUAACCGUACCAUGGUUUUACAAGUCGACAGGACCGAUUUAAGGCUCAUCAGUCCUGAUCGGAAAGUCAUUUUAUUGCACAAGCAACAUAAAGAUAUCACUACUUGUGUCCAAGGAGUGCAGAAAAUGGAACAUUUCGGUUUUGUCUGUCGCGAAGGGAAAAACGGACUGACUUUCGUAGGAUACAUUUUCAAGUGCGAAUCGUCUUCCAUUGCCACAGACGCCGUUUCCGCCAUAACCCAGGCCUUCGCCAGCUCGGAAUCGCGCCCUCGUCCCGCCAUCACCUCCUGCGACCAUUGCCCAAUGGUCUGGUUCCAUAAACUUUGCACAGAAGUCGAGCGAAUGUCCGACCGGAAGACCCAAGCAGCCAUUUUGCGACGUCUCGAAGAACUCGAUUUAGAAGAACAGAACACAAUUUUGGCAAAAUUUAAAGGAGCAGAGACGGACUCGGUACGCGAACAGAACGAAUUCCUCAUGAUGUUACUAAGGGCCCAUUGUGAGAUGAAACAGGGCCGGCAUGUGCACGAUUCGGCCGAAAAUCGGUCCGAAUUUUUAAACCAGUACUUAGGAGGAGGAACAAUUUUCAUGAAAGCGAAACGUUCGUUGACGAAUUCAUUCGAAAUGUUGAAAAGAAAAGCGUCAAAAGAUGAUUUUGGGGCGAGUUUAAGAGAGAUGAAUUUGCCGAUUGCGGCCCUGAAUCGGGAAAAUUCACCUCAUUCGCCCACUAUUGAGGUCAGCGAAGGGGAUUCGGAAGGGAUGAGGUCAAGAUCGAGUACCAUCGGCUCGCAAAAUGACCUCAAAGAGAGCCAUUUAACAGUGCAAGAAACCAAAAGUUCGGUAUCUCCAGAUCGCUGUGUUACCACUCCUGACAGGACCCCGAAAUCGCCCAUGAUGGACAUAUUUUUAAAAGUUGGUAGUAGUCCCAAAUCGGUCACUUCCGAAGAUGGCUCCCCUAAACUCGAUUCAGGGUCUUGGCGACAAGCCAUCUUCAAAAGGGUCAUUACUCCCAACAAGAAUGAUAAACCCGUGGAGAUGAAGAAGAAGACCAAGGAGGAAUUGAGAGAGUUAUGGAGGAAAUCCAUCUGUCAGGCGAUACUUCUAGUGAGGAUGGAGAAGGAAAAUGCGAGAUUGAAGGCAGAACAAGAGGAAUCGGCCGUGAAGAGGAUCAAAUUGGAGUACGACGAGAUGAAGCCUACACAGAGGGAGGUUAUGGAGGUUUGGGAGAUGCUAACAAAUAAAGAAACAAGGAUGAAGUGUGAUAAUCAGAUGCUCCUUCAAGCUAUAAGACAGGGGGUCCCUCGCGGCAAACGCGGCGAAGUGUGGCAAUUUCUCGCCGAACAAUACUGCAUGCAUACAGCCCCCAUCGACACCUCCAACUUCCCCAAUUACAACGUUCCCUACGAACAACUCCUCAAACAAUUGACCUCGCAUCAACACGCGAUAUUAAUUGACUUGGGACGAACCUUCCCGAAUCAUUCGUACUUCAGUAGUCCCCUAGGACCUGGCCAAUUGGCCCUUUUUAACCUACUCAAAGCCUACUCGUUACUCGACUCCGAAAUGGGCUAUUGCCAAGGCAUGAGUUUCGUCGCCGGUGUUUUACUACUUCACAUGGAAGAGUCUCAAGCUUUCUUCCUUUUGAGACACUUGAUGUUUAGAAGGGGGCUCAGACUGCAAUAUUUGCCAGAUAUGGUGGGGUUGCAAGUCAAGUUGUACCAACUAUCGAGGUUACUCCAUGAUCAACUCCCAGAUCUCUACAACCACUUUGAUUUCUACGAAGUGGCCCCAACUCUGUAUGCCGCUCCUUGGUUAUUGACAAUUUUCGCAUCACAGUUCCCUCUAGGGUUCGUCACUCGUGUUUUUGAUCUGAUUUUUUUGGAAAGCCCUGAUGUCAUUUUCCGAGUGGCUAUAGCCCUAUUAACCUUCCACAAAGACAAUCUACUCGCUUGCGACAGUUUUGAGGAAAUUAUGAACUACUUAAAAAACAAACUACCAACAAUAGACAAACCUACACUUGACAAAAUCAUGAAACAAGUGUACACGACUGAUAUAACAAAACAAUUGAAUGAGUACAAAGUCGAGUACCAAGUCCUACAAGAGGAAAUGACGUCCGUCCAACCACAAGUCGAGGCUUUACACAAGUUAGAAUCUCAAAAUAAGACACUGACUGAGCAAAAUAAGGCCUUGAUGGCCCAAUUGGAACUCGCCUUGAGCAACGUCCAAAGACUUGAGAAGACUAGGACUUUACAACAGGCCCAAUUAAACAAACUGGAGAUGCAUAGUCGGGCUUUGGACGUCACAAUCGCCACUUUAGGAGGCUUCCUCAACACUCUAAUCGAACAAAAAGUCGAAAUUGAAAUCCCAGACGACGUUCGAAGGAUCUUGAACCAAAUUUCCUAUUCCGAAAGACGGAAAAGUGAGUUCAAACCCCAGAAUAACCUAAUGAAAAUGUUCCAAAAGUCCGAAAACGAGAAAGCUUUGGUUAAAUCACUCUCUACUGGAAAAAUAAUGCUUCCGGUCACUCUCGACCAGGAUAUUUUGCGUUCAAAUAGUCUCAUUCGCGAAAACUGUGAAAAGUCACCCCAGAAAACCUCUCAUUUUUUCUCGUCUUCUCACAACCACAUUUUGCAACAAUUUAACAACAACAACACUAAAAUUGACAUAAAGGUGCAGGAGUGUGACCUUAACAAGUCUAUAAGUCUCCCUUUGGACUCCUAUCACGAGAAAGUCUCCCCGUGUAACUCCAUAGAUAGCGGGGUUGGGACCCCCUCGAGUCCCAAACCCGGCGACCACCACCCUUUGAGCAACUGUGAUGUGAACUUCACCUUCCACGGGACACGAGAAUUGAAGAAUAUCAAGAGUAUUAGAAAUAUGUCGAGGAAUUCUAGUCCGGAUAUUAUCGGCAAGUGAUAUUAGGACGCGUGUACUUAUUAUUACUGGUAUUAUGUUGCUAUUGUGAUUUGUGAAUAGUAUUUAAGAAUAAAGUAGUUGUUUAUAUGAAAA